AUGCAGGAGAGCGAUCAAUGGGACUUCCAAGCCUCACUGCAGGACAGUGACGAAGAAAUUGAUAUCCAAGAUACCAUUGAUAUUCAAUAUACUGAUUUGGAAUCAGAGUCUGACUCUGUACACACGUCUGACAAUGACUUCAUUGACCCGCAGGACGACCUUUGUAACAUAGGAGACUAUGACCCAAGUUACACUGACGAGCUCUCAUCGCUGGCAUCUUCGAACAAUGAUUUUCAUGGCAAGCUGUGGGAUAAAGGCAAAUAUGAUGAAUUCGAUGUUCUUGACAAGCGGCAUAUUGAAGGUGCCAAUGGCAGAGUACCACAGGUUUUAAUACAAUGUUGGGUUAAAGAAAGCAUUGUCCAGGAUUUACGCGACCUUCUUCGUGUCUAUCGUCAAGAGACACCCGAAUGAAAAUGCUAUUCCAGCCUAAUAAAAAUUUCCGGUCACUUGCUUAGGAGGACUGGAAGAUAUUCCUGUACCGGUGGGCUAUUCUUGGCAAUAGUUUUGAAUUCAGG